CAGCUUUAUCUUCUUUCUUUUUCUGACCUUGCUUCCAUCCCUUUAAUUGUAAUGAUUCUAUAACUCUCUCUCUCUCUCUCUCCAUCUCUCUCAACUCUCUGAACUCACUUUUCUAAAAAACAUCAAACGAAACAAAACCCAACGAAAACAAAAAGAAAAAGUGAGAAGAAAAAAAAAAACCCAUCUUUCUCUUUAUUUUUUUCUUCCUCUUUCUCUGUGUAUGAAAAAUCUUUGUAUCUCUCAGAAUUGGUGCAGAAAGUUUUGCGUCUCAGAUCCCAAUAUAUAUACACAUACAUAUAAUAAGGCUGAAUAUCCAUAAAACCCUUCUCUGUUCUUCUCUUUCUCUCUCUCUCCUUUGAUUUUUUUUCUUCAAAUUUGAAGAGGGUGUGGUCCACUACUAUAGUUUUGGUACUACUGAGUUCAUAGCUAGGUGUACCAAUGCAAGAAGCAGGGCUGGGAAUGAUGAGUGGUGUUGGCAACAUGAACAUUAGUUCAGGCGGUGGUCUGAGCGGCGGCGGAGGCGGCGAUGUUUCGAUCUCCGGCGACCAAGACCGUCACUUGAAGGCGGAGAUCGUGACUCACCCUUUGUAUGAACAGCUCCUGGCGGCUCACGUGUCUUGUCUGCGCGUGGCUACACCGAUCGAUCAGCUGCCGUUGAUCGACGCACAGCUUUCUCAGUCCCACCACUUGCUCCGCUCUUACGCUUCGCUUGCUCAUUCUUCUAACCUUUCCCACCAUGACCGUCAAGACCUCGAUAAUUUUUUGGCACAAUACUUGAUAGUAUUAUGUACUUUCAAAGAACAACUUCAGCAACAUGUCAGAAUCCAUGCGGUUGAAGCAGUCAUGGCUUGCCGUGAAAUUGAGAACACUUUGCAAGCUCUCACAGGAGUAAGUUUGGGAGAAGGAACGGGUGCAACAAUGUCAGAUGACGAAGAUGAACUAGUUGGUCAGAUGGAUUACUGUUUAGAUCAAUCUGGUGGCGAUAAUGGGAAUGACAUGAUGAUGAUGGGAUUUGGUCCCUUACUUCCCACUGAGUCUGAAAGGUCUUUAAUGGAGAGAGUUCGCCAUGAAUUGAAGAUUGAACUCAAGCAGGGUUUUAAGUCAAGAAUUGAAGAUGUAAGAGAAGAGAUAUUAAGAAAAAGAAGGGCAGGAAAGUUGCCUGGGGACACAACUACGGUGCUAAAGAAUUGGUGGCAACAACAUUCAAAGUGGCCCUACCCAACUGAAGACGACAAGGCAAAGCUGGUGGAGGAAACAGGAUUGCAAUUAAAGCAAAUUAACAACUGGUUUAUCAACCAAAGAAAGCGUAAUUGGCAUAGCAACUCUCAAUCUGUCACUUCUCUCAAAUCUAAGCGCAAACGAUGAUCUAUACACACACACACAUUAUAUAUAUAUACAUACUUUUAUUAUAUAUCUUACUAAUAUUACUUUUCAUCAAAACGUAUGGCUCCAAUAUUAUUGAUGAACUUACUUUACUUUCAUAUAUAUGUGAUAUGAUCAUAUCCUCUAGCUAUAUAUAUAUAUGUCUGCCUAUAUACAUAUUAUAUAGUUUGUAGCAACCAAUAUUUGUCAUCAAGGCAUAUAUAUCUGCAGUACUGCUAUAUAUACAUAUAGCUCAACUACUGAUCAAUGCACAGCUUUACGGCUAGCCAUUAAGUCAAAGCUUUGGAAGUUUGAUCGAGAUGAGUACGUACUACUGAUCAACUCAGCUAUACUCAACCCUAGUACUGUAUCACAUUCACAGAUAUUGGGCAACUAAUUUUUUUCCUUUUCUUUCCUUUUCUUUGUAUAAUUUUUUUUUUUGGGUUGUUGGGCUUGAAUAUAUUGGCAACUAAUUAAUGCUUACAUUAAUUUGGGGUUGUAAAUUCUUUGUUAUAUUCUGCAGAAUACGUAUUAUCAUCC